UCGACCUUCGAAUCUCUUUGGGUAUCAAAGAAUGCAGAACGAGCUAUCCUCCGUUUUGAUAGACUUGAGUAGUCGAUUUCUUUUAACGCUAUCACAAGAAGACUUUGAAAACUUUGAGAGACUCUUUUUCGCUGUAGAAGAAGCACACUGGUUUUACGACGACUUCUUUAGGGAGAAGAACUCGAGUCUUCCUAAACUUUCUCUGAGAGAAUUCGCUGCUUUGUUGUUUGAACACUCGCCGUUGCUAGACAAAUAUACUAAGAAUGUCAAACACUUAUUGAAAAAUUUUCAACAAUAUAAGAAUAGCAUUCCAACAGCUGGUGUAGCCCUGUUGAAUUCAACUCUCGAGAAGGUACUUUUAGUAAAAGGCUUUCGAGGCAAGAGUUGGAGCUUCCCAAAGGGCAAAGUGGGAAAAGAUGAAAGUUAUGAAAGUUGCGCUGUCCGAGAAGCAAGAGAAGAAGUUGGCUUUGACGUCUCAAAUCAACUCUAUAGGGAGAAUCUUUUAACGUCCAACUGGCAGGGUCACGAGUCAUAUAUUUUUAUUGUGCCAGGAAUACCAGAUAGCACUAGGUUUGAAACAAACACAAGAAAGGAGAUAUCGGAAAUCAAGUGGCACGACAUAUUUUCCCUUCCCUCUUCAGAGGACGACUCCGGAGGAAACGAGUUGCAUCCUAAGCUCAAAAGAAGCCGAUUCUUCUCUGUGUUGCCUUUCGUGAAGCCGUUGCAGAGCUGGGUACUUUCUAGAAACCGUAAUCUUGGGAUGACACGAGAUUCUUCGGGUCUUGAAUAUCCUCGGACAAAAGCAUCUUUUUCUAACGUUACGAGCAAACGACUCAGCCGUCGUGAAGCGCUUUCUAAGCAGCGAGUAGAAACAAAGUCUUUGAAAACGAACAAAAAAGAUCUGGAAACUUUCGGAGUUGGCAAGCCUUUUAGUUCAUGGGAGGAGGAACGGAACUUUCUUCAGGCUUGUUUCGAUAGAAGUUCUCAAGGGACUACUAUGCAACCAACAGAACAGGCCUUUCUAAUAGAUGUAAAUUCGCGAAAGGGAAGUGGCUUGAGCAACUUUGCAUUCUCUAGACAAAGCAUCGAAGCAGAGUGGGAGCGACUCAUACUGGGAAAUGUUUCCCAAAACUAAAUGAUAGACAAGUCUCUGGCCACGUAAUUCGCACCCUCACGUCUUU